AUGGCACCGCCAAAGCCUACUAUCCUGGUGCUGCUCUCCAUUGUUUUGGCUACCGCAUCCAGUGAUCUGCUGGACUUUAGGGUCCAAAACGAGUACUGCGAUCUACCGGAUGAGCUGGUAUCAGAAAUCCGGUCGUACCAGCCAACUGUCAACAGGAUCAUCGAUGCAGUGACCAAAGGCAAGUUUAAGGGUGCUGUUUACAAAGAAUUGGCGGAUUUUGUAGACAAAUUCGGGGCUAGGGUGUCUGGUACUCGGAACCUCGAGGAUUCCAUUGAUCACGUGUUGGAUUCCAUGAGGGAAAAACAGCUGGAGAAUGUCCAUGGCGAGAAUGUCACAGUUCCGCAUUGGGUAAGAGGUAAUGAGAGUGCUGAAAUGUUAGAACCAAGAAAAACAAACAUUGCAGUGAUUUCUCUUGGAAGUUCUGUGGGAACCCCAGAGGAAGGCAUUGAAGCAGAAGUUUUGGUAGUUCGUUCUUUUGAAGAACUCGAUCAAGCAAAUUUUUCUCAAGCGGCAAAAGGUAAAAUCAUCGUUUUCAACUCCCAAUACGAGAGUUACGGCAAAUCUGUUAAAUUCCGUUCUUCCGGAGCUUCCAAAGCUGCCCAACACGGGGCAGUAGCCGCCCUCAUCAGGUCAGUCACCCCUUUCUCCAUGUACACUCUCCACACGGGCGAGCAAUUUUACGACGACGGAGUUAACAAGAUACCAGCGGUCUCCAUCACCGUUGAGGAUGCCAGGAUGUUCCAGAGAUAUCAAGAUAGAGGAGAAAAAAUUGUGGUCAGGCUCAGAACAAACAUUCAAUCUCUACCGGAAGCCACGUCCAGAAACGUGGUGGGAGAAAUAGUUGGUUCCGAGAAGCCAAAGAAAGUGGUUCUGGUGUCGGGCCAUAUCGACAGUUGGGAUGUAGGAGUAGGUGCCAUGGACGAUGGUGGAGGAGCCUUCAUCUCGUGGUACUCUUUGGCAGUUCUCAAAGCCCUCGGGCUCAGAGCCAGGAGAACCCUAAGGGCUGUUCUGUGGACGGCAGAAGAACCAGGCCUGAUAGGCUUUCAGGCUUACGAUGCUGCCCACAAGAACGAAUUGGAUGAUUUUAUCUUUGCCAUGGAAUCUGAUGAGGGUACUUUCACACCUCUCGGCUUAGAAUACGCUACCGGCGCUAAAGGAGGUUGCAUAUUGAAGGAAAUUAUGCAGUUACUGGCUCCUAUAAACGCGACUCGAGUGGAACCAGCCGACGCAGUCGGUUCGGACAUCUCGCUAUGGGCCAAAAAGAUUCCCACAGGUAGCCUCCUCAACGCCAACGAGCGGUACUUCUGGUACCACCACUCAAAGUCAGACACGAUGGAUGUUCUGGAUCCGGACAAUCUGGACAAGGCCGCUGCCCUUUGGGCGGCAGUGGCGUACGUCAUCGCUGACCUGAAAGAGGAGUUUCCCAGAGACUUCGACGAGGUCAGGUUGGAUAGGUCGAAGUUGAUCAAGAAAUUGAUCAAGGUUUGA